GCACUCGCAUUGAACGUUCCUCUGGGACUAGACGUUUGUGUUCACUGGAGGAUUUUUUUUGUUAAAGUUUGUGUUGUAUUUGUGAACAAAAAUGCGGUGGUAUGGUGUGAGGCGCGACGGUCUACGUCUCGCCUCUUAGUGAAACUGUUACCACCAUCAGUCAGAUGUGGUUCGAAUGCCCGCCGCGACGCACGUGUCUCCGGUUUCGAAAAUAAACGUUCCUCGUGUGUUUUUAUACCAGUGAACAGCUGAUCGGACGCUCCAGUGUGCAGUGAAUUGAAGAUUGAUCCUGUAUCUGGCAGUAUUGAAAUGUUGCCGACAGCAAAACUUUAAUUCUUCAUGUCAAGAAGAGUACCCACGUUUGAGAGUCGAACGUGUGAGAAUUUAAAAAGUGUUUUUUUCAAAAGUGUGAAAUCGAGGACUAGCCGGUCCUUGAUGUACUCGACAACCUACAAUCCCUGCGCCCUCACACUUUGUAUAUCGAAACGGCCCUGUCGUUACUCCGCCAGAGAUCCCAGAUUAAGACACUGGUCGAGAGAGUUGACUAUUUCGACAUAAACAAACAUAUUUUUGGAUUUUAAAUCCAAUUUUGGUAGUGAUCCUUACGUUCGUUAGAGAACAGGAUAUUCAGAACCAAGUACGUACUUAGCUUCGUACUUAAGAGCGCGCUCGAAGACUAAUGGACACGGAAAGAGCAUAUGCAAAUGGAAUACCAGGUAAAGAGAAACCAAUCAAGCAUGAACAAAAAGUACCGUCUCAAGAGGAGAAGGUUACGUCACCUCUCCUACAAAGGACGAAUGACAUUAAAUACAUUGACGUUGCUCAAGAAGACAAUGACGUUAGAGACGUAAACAAAACUAAAAACGAUCUCAAUACAGUGAAUUCUAUGAAAACGGAUAACGAUGGAAAUAACCUUGCUGUAUCGUAUCAUAGGGACGGGAAAACUGAGGAAGAUGCAACUUCAACUAACGAGGGCGUCAAAUUCUUGGGUCUGGGGGAUGCUGACAGUAUAUGCUCGAGCAGACCACCUCCGGAGUCAGCGCCACAGAUACCUGAUGGUGGAUGGGGAUGGGUAGUCGUGGCGGCAUCUUUUCUUAUUGCUACCGUAGCUGACGGGCUUGCUUUCUCUUAUGGAUUGAUGCACGAAAAGUUCGUGGUUUUCUUUAAAACCAGUGAAGCGAAAACUUCCCUUAUCGGAAGUUUGUUCAUUUCUGUACCUCUAAUAGCGGGACCUAUAAUGAGUGCUCUCGUGGACAGAUAUGGAUGUAAAUAUAUGACAAUUGUUGGAGGCGUUGCAUCGACGAUAGGAUUUGUGGCUGCUGCAUUCAGUAACUCAGUGGAAGUCCUAUGCGUCACGUAUGGCUUGAUGGCUGGUUUAGGAAUGGGUUUGUUGUAUGUGACUGCUGUAGUAUCCAUAGCUUAUUGGUUUGAGAAACGUCGUAACUUAGCUGUAGGUUUGGGAUCGUGUGGGGUUGGAUUUGGAACAUUCAUUUAUUCACCCAUCACCAGCUCUCUCUUAGACUAUUAUGGAUGGAGAGGCACAUUACUAAUGUUGGCUGGCACAGUACUUAAUGUGUGUAUUUGUGGUGCUGUAAUGAGAGAUCCCGAGUGGUUGAUUUUGGAACAAAAAAAACAGAGAAAGUUAAAUAAAUCUAAGAGAGCGUCUAGUUCCGUAUCUAUAUCAGCUAAAUCUGGUGGAGGGGAAUCAGUUUAUCCAGGUGUCGAGGAGCUGAAAUCUUUGAUGAAAAGUGGUGAAACUCCCGAAUAUAUUUUGACAACUUUGGUAACGUCCAUAGCUCAAGCCGAAAAUUUGGAAGCUGCUACCAAAAGAAAUGCCGAACUUUCUGAGCAACAUAAAGUUAAUUCGGUCAUUAAUCUCCCGACAUUUUUAAAACAAAGCGAAAAAGUUCCAGCUGAAGUACUAGAGCAUUUGACAGCCAACAAACGUCUUUACAAUAUCGUGCUACAGAACUACCCUUCACUUCUGGCAUUGAGAAGUAAUUCAGAGAAAAAUCUCGCUACGGAACCAUCUCCUGAAGUGCCAAAAGGGAAACCCGUCACAAUGUCCAUGAAAUUAAAACUUAACAAGAAGGAAAAAAAGGAUUUUGAAGCCAAAUUAGAAAAGGCUAGAGAGAAACUUCUCCAACCAAUACCUGAAAAUAAGCCCGCGGUAAUAACUCCUAGAAAUGAGCGUCAGGACUGGCUGUCGAGGCAAAUUACCACCGAUCAUCAUUAUCUGAGGGACAUCAGGGUGCAUCGUAACUCAAUUAUGCAUCGCGGCGCUAUGAUGAACAUCGCCAAGUAUAAACUUCGAGCAUCUUCGUGUCCUGAUAUUUAUAGAAAUUCAAUGUGGUCUAUGGAAGAUGAUCACUAUGAAAAGACAUGGGGAAGGCGUAUUCUCAGCCUGCUUUACAAAACGUUCGACUUCAACAUGUUCACUGAGUUCCAUUUCUUGAUGAUGAAUCUAUCGACUCUCGUGCUGUUCAUCUGGUUCAUCGUGCCUUACUUCUAUAUUUCCAACUUCAUGCAUCUCAACGGUUAUACUGAAACUCAAGGCUCUGCUAUGUUGAGUGUUUUCGGGGUUGCCACUAUCAUCGGCAUUGUGGGCCUUGGCUGGAUGGGAGACUUACCUAAAGUCAAUGUAACAAAGACCUACGCACUCUGCCUUAUCAUCUGUGGAGUGUCCAUCGUGUUAUUCCCAAUCCUGAUUCAGAUUAUGGACGCUAAAUCAGAGUACAGCUUCUACAUCUUGGCAACCAACGCAGUUAUAUUUGGGCUGAUGUUCUCUAGUUCGUAUUCGUAUACACCGAGCAUUCUGGUGGAGCUGAUUGCUCUGGAACGAUUUACGAUGGCAUAUGGAUUGGUGUUGUUGAGUCAAGGAAUUGGACAUCUUGUUGGACCGCCUAUUGCCGGUGCCCUUAAAGACAGUACGGGCUAUUGGGAUGCGGCAUUCUACGUGGCUGGCAUCUGGGUGAUCGUGUCUGGCUUGCUGGUCGGAGUCAUUCCGUAUACGAAGAACUUCAGGAUUUGCGGCAACGCACCUUUGGCUAAAGACGUCGCGUCAGACCCCGAACCUGGUGUUAAAAUUAUUAUAGCACAUUAAGCGACUGGUGUCAUUCACAUUAUACAGGUUCAGCCGUAUCUGGCUAUAGCUGAAUAUUGAAAAAAUAUUAUGGCUGAAUGUUUGUCUAGUUUCAGAUUUCAGAACUUUCGGUGAAUACCGUCACGAUCUGCGGCUAUCGGACUAGUGUAACAUGACUUUGCUUUGUCCCGUUUUUACUAAAAGGUCACUAAAUAGAUCUUACAUUUAUAGAUAAAUACAAGUUAAAUUAUUAGAAAAAGAUAUAAUGAGAGAUGCAAUUGGCACGGUUUAAAACGAUUGCUUUCUAAAUUAAUAUUACGUGUGUUUGCUUUGGUUGAUUAAUUUAUUCAGGAGGAAAUUGUGAGUGAAAAUAAUUUACAAAAUAAAAGCAAUCUAUGAAAAGAAACAAAUUAUAAUAUUUGAAAACACUCAAUUUUUUUAAAAUACCAAUGUUGUUUUUUUGAGGUGUUGUAUUUUAAGCAUCAUGAAUUCACGAAUUGUAACAGUGUUUUCAUUGAAAUGGAAAGAUCUAUUUUAAUAUAAUUAAAUCGUAUUUUUAGUUUAUAUUAUAGUUAAUAGAGUUUUUAAUUACACCUACCUAGUAGACAUCUUUAAUAAAGCUAUUUUAUUUUAUACGUUAUUGCUUUUUUCUAUAAUUAUGUAGUUUAUAUAAAUCAUUAAUGUUAGCUAAAAGUUUUGAACAUUUGUAUAAAGUAAAAUACUUUUGGUUUAUUUACUAGUUUAAUGUCCUAUGACUUCCUACGGAAGAUUAGUAUUGACUUUUAAUUUAAAAUUGUAUUUCCCUAAUGAAUUGCUAGAUUACUGAGUUGGAUAAUGUAGAUGGUUUUGUUUGUGUGUAUGAAGGUUUUUAGAUUGAUUACAAAAGCAUUGUAUGAUUAAAUUACGUAUGAUUGAUAAUGAGAAAAAGGAUUGGAGUAUAAAAAUGAAUGUAAUAUUGAAAGCGAAAAGGAAAACUUGCCAAUACUGAACACCGACUUGAAAUGAAUUUAUUUUUAUACAGGAAAGUAUUGUAGAAAGUAAGUUUGUUGAAUCUACUUAAAUAGAUUAUGACCUUGUAUAUCAUUUAUUGCAUUAAAAGUUUGCUAAUCA